AUUACAAGGUAUUACUACUAAGAUGGUGUUUUUAAAAGUAUCAUGUUUUUUUGCAGCAAUUAAUUUGGUUGUUGCAGAAUAUCCUUUCCAAGCGUGUAAAAAAGGUGACUAUAAAUGUAUGACAGAUCAAGGUAAAAAAACCCUCAAUUCAAUUCUUAAAGGAGAUAAAGCUUAUAAUAUACCAGACCUAACACCAUUACUGUUGCAAAAUGUUGAUUUAGACGGAUCCAAUAUUAAACUUAAACUAAAGAACCUUAAAAUUUUUGGAAUUGAGAACUUAGAAAUAAGAGAAAUUAAGUUGGAUACUGAUAAGAAAUCAGGCACUGUUAAUAUUUUUAUUCCCAAUUUCAAAAUGGUUGGAGAUUAUGAAAUGAAUGGAAAAAUUUUAAUUUUAAAUCUUAAUGGAAAAGGAGCAACAAAUAUUACUUUGGUUGAUGGGACUGGUAAAUGGGAUUUUACCUAUGAGACAUACAAAAAAGAUGGAGAAGAAUUUGCUAAAAUUAAAGAUUCAAAAUAUGAACGAGGAUUAAAACGGGCAACUAUGUAUUUCGAAAACCUAUUUCAAGGAAAUCCUGAACUAACAAAGUCCACAAACGAGGUAUUAAAUAGUGAAUGGCAAACAGUAGUGGACACAUUUGGAGAUGGUUUUGUAGAAAUUAUUAAAACAAUUUUGGAAUUAGUACUGGGAAAUUAUAUGAAGGCUAUACCAAUAAACAAAUUUGUUAUUAAUUCUUAAAAAAAAAUGUACCUGUGCAAAUAAAAUUAUAUAGGUAU